AUGCCACCUAUCGUACUGAAAAUAGAAGGAAACGAAUCCUUCUUACCACUCUCCAACCUUGAUCAAGACGAAUUAUCAAAAACAUGGCGAGUGUGUACCAAAGUCAAAGAUUCCCUCGAAAAUGGUUCUAGGCUCGAGAAUUUGUCAUGGAGACUAUGGUUUAUACAAAACGUUCUUGUUAGCAAUGACGUCAAAUCCAACCAUAAGUACCAGAAAUGGUCUAAAAGGACCACACAACAGAUGGAAACAGAGGAAGAGCUUGAACCAACAAAGCCGUUAAAGCAGCAGCAGCAGCAGCAACUCAGUGUCAAUGAAACACCAGAGUCAGUUUUAGACUACAGUCUGGACGAAAUCAAGCCUGUUGCAACUGAAAAUUUCAUAUUGAAUCAAUUUACCUCUGACCAAGAGGGUGAUUUGAUGAUUGAAUUGAAGGAUAUUUUCCCUUUUGGCAUGCAGGACUUUAUUGAUACCAAUGCUCCAGCAGCAUCUACGACUACAUCGACAACAGCCAACGAGAAGCAAGCAACAGACAUUGCUAUGAGUGCAUCACCAUGGUUACCGAAUAACCAAAUGUACCCUCCCAACCAAGUCAAUGCCAAUCAUUACCCUACUACCACUGCCAACUCCAUGCCGUAUGCCUCAGCACCUAGCGUACCACAAUCACUGUCCAACAACUAUGCAAAUUCAACUUUAUUCAUGGACCCCAUUUCUGGGAUUCACUCCUUGUUUGCAGAUCAUCUAGAGAUUCCCUCACUCACCAUGCCUACCGGUGUGAGCCCAGGCAUGCCAAAUUAUCAACAAAUGCAAUCACAACCACCAUCACAACAGCCGUAUCAACAACAAGCGCAGCAAGAUUUAGUCGUUGAUUUCAAUAAUGCGGCGUAUGUUGCUGCCGCUGCCGCUGCAACUGCUGCUGCAUUAACGACACUACCGAAUGCCACACUCCACAACAAACUACUCGCCACAUUACCGCCACAGACACUGGCUUCUGCAGAGAGGUUACUCUCUCCUGCAAAGAGACGUCCAUCCGCAAUGGCAUCGCCAGCACCGUCGCAACAACAUCAACAACAAAAGCCAUACACUUCUUCGCCUUUAAGCUUUAUACCAAACAAUAGCAAUAAAUUUGUGAACCCACCAAGUACAGCCGCAUCAAACGCAGUGAAUAGCAACCCGCAACAUUACUAUAAUACGUUUCAGUUGAAUCCCUGCAACAGCGCUCUAUCAUCCACACCAGCAUCAGUGUCUGCUAAAAAGAAAUACCACGCCUCCACACCGACAUCUACCACAUCUAACCCAUCUUCCUCGCUCUCUUCUUCUGUUACUACGGACGAAAAGCCUCCCGUCUGCAGCAAUUGUGAUGCCACCUCGACACCUCUUUGGAGACGAUCUGCUGAUGAUAAAAUUCUUUGCAAUGCUUGUGGAUUAUAUCUCAAAUUACACAACGCACCUAGGCCGAAGCAUUUAAAGCCGACUACAGGAACAAGGAAGCACGAAUCCAAUGAUCCAAUGGAAGAUGUCACUACGGAUGAGCAGAAAGACGAUACCGAAAAGCAAAUGCAACAGCAACAACUGCAGAGUACGGAUUCACAAACUGUGUGUUCCAAUUGCGGAACUGUCAAAACGCCACUAUGGCGACGGGACAUAGAAGGAGCCCCUUUAUGUAACGCUUGCGGUUUAUAUUUGAAAUUGCACAAUGAAAAACGACCGCUUUCAAUGAAGACAGAUGUGAUUAAAAAACGACAACGAACAGAGGCACUCAUUGCCUCCACUAUUUCGGACGAUCAGCUGAAGAAACCUCGCUAUUAUGACCAACAAUCGCUGUAUUCAUCGGAACAUGGAUCUACGUUAGGAUACAGAAAUGCAGCUUCCUCACUACCAGGUACUGGUAUCUUGAUGAUGACUACAAAUAAUAAUAGCAGCAGCAGCAGCAGUAUUAGUAGUAAUGGAAGCCAUGCUGGUCAAAAGUCCUCUUGA